AUGGAGUUGAAACCCAAGAUUUCGAAAUUGUGCAUUGUGGCCGCCAUUGUAUGUAUUUUCCCUAAUUGGAAAUUAAAUGCAGAGGCCAAGAAUAAUUUCGAGCUGCAAACUGAUAAUUUUACCUGCAGCAGCGAGGAUGCAGAGUACAAGAUUAUAAGAGAAUUUCACUGUGGCUUGAAUAAGAACUCUAAACGACGUAGCUGGAACAUGGAAUUUAAGCUGGCUCAGCCUGUGAACGAGCAUGAUUUUUCCAUGAAAAUUGUCCUGCCAAGAGCGAGUCCCUUGAAGGACUUUGUCCUGCUCGACCUUACCACCGAUGGCUGCCAGUUGCUGUCGAAUCGCAAUCAGGUUCCACUCAUGCGUUUGGGUCGCAACAUAAUGGAUCGUUUCAGUAACUUCCCCAAGCAGUGUCCCUUCAAGGCAAAUAUCUCUUACUAUAUCAGGGGUUUUCGUUUGGAUCUGAAUAAUCUGCCUGCCGUGGAGAUGGAGACCCCGGUUCACAUUGAGUUCAGGUAUCACAGCAAACAGUUGGGAUUUAAAUGGAUCACGGGUUACCUGGUGGCCAGGGUUCAGCGAUUAAGCGAGAAAAAGCGACCCAAGUAG